GAGUUUGGUUGGGACUCGUGAGUUUGGAUGAGAAGUGUCGGAGUUACCUUUUCCUUGUGAGGCCACAACGACGAUCGUUUUGGUAUGAGCCUGAGACUCUGAGACACCAUGGAACCCAACACCCAGCCACCCUCAAAUAGUCCGCCACCAAAACCUUGGGAACAAACAGGUUCCUCAUCUGGCCCAGCACCUUUCAAACCACCAUCAGCCGGCAGAACAAGUGAUGUAGUCGAGGCUUCAGGGACUGCAAAGCCUGGGGAAAUUGUUUCUAGUUCUGAUAGGAAUGCAACUGUCAACAGGAAUGCUCUUGGGAGGCCUGUUCCCUCAAGGCCAUGGGAGCAGAAUUAUGGAAAUAGCAGCUAUGGAGGAUAUGGUUCUACGCUGAAUUAUAAUUCUGGAUAUGGAUCUGGAAUGUAUGGUUCUUCUUACGGCGGACUAGGAGGGAUGUAUGGCGGGGGACUGUAUGGUAACAGUAUGUAUAGGGGAGGAUAUGGUGGUGGCCUGUAUGGGUCAUCUGGGAUGUAUGGAGGUGGAAUGUAUAACAGUGGCCUUGGGGGUCCGAUGGGUAGUUAUGGCAUGGGUGGUGGUGGUCCCUAUGGAGAUCAAGAUCCCAACAAUCCAUUUGGUGCCCCACCAUCCCCGCCUGGAUUUUGGAUUUCCGCUUUGCGUGUGAUGCAAGGUGUGGUUAACUUUUUUGGUCGAAUAUCAAUACUCAUAGACCAGAACACACAGGCUUUCCAUAUGUUCAUGACUGCACUUCUCCAGCUGUUUGAUCGCUCUGGUUUACUAUAUGGAGAACUAGCUAGAUUUGUCUUGCGGUUGCUUGGAAUUAAAACCAAGUCCAAGAAGGUAAACCCGCCAGGUCCAAAUGGACUGCCGCUUCCUGGACCACAAAAUUCUUCUGGAGAUGUAAACUACAUUGAGGCAGCAAAGGCUGCUCCAAGUGGUUCUUGGGAUAAUGUUUGGGGAAAUGAUGCCAAUCAAUAAUAUGGUAAAAUUAUUUUGCUUAAAGAGUUCGUCCAAAUAUAUUGUAAAGAAGAAACAGAAGCAUUCCACAUGAAGAUUCUGAAGCUGCAAAAGUCAUGUAUAUCCUGAAUUUGGAGUUCAGUUUGCUGUUGGCUCUUGAUUUUAUUGGAAGCGGGGUCUCUUCUGAUAAUAAGACACCAUUCCUGCAUUAUACCUUGUAAACGUUUGCUCUGAGUCUGCAGGAUGCUGCUAUGUGCUACUUAAAUGCUACUUAAAUGUAUUAUUUUGUAUCGAGAAUGUGAUUGCAUACAUGUUAAACAUUUUCGGAGCCAUUUAAUUGGUUCCUUUUCUUGUACUCUUUUAGUGUGAUCGUUCUUCAAAUUUUAUUUACAUAUGGAUCUGCCAAACUUGGUAUGAGGAUACCAUUACUGGCUGGGAGCCUCUUAUAUCAUAACACAGAAAGAAACU